AUGAUCCCUUGUUUCUCAUAUCUGAUUCUCACGUCAUUUUGCAACUUAUUAUUUGUUUCUCCUUUUAUCUUCCAGUUUUAUUAUUGUUCUCUCUUUUCUGUUACUUCUCUUAUUAUGGGAUCCAUAAUUCUGUCUUUUUUCUUGCUUUUUCUGAUCUUUCUCUUCUUUCGUUACUGUUUUCUCUUCUUUUUUCUUAUCUUUUUCUGCAUUUUUCUUUCUUGUCUUUUUCUCUUCUUUCAUUCUGGUUUUUCUUUUCUUUAUCUUUCUGUCUUUUUCUCUUCUUUCUUUCUGUCUUUUUAUCCUCUUCCUUUUUUAUCUUUUUCGUCUUUCUUUCUCUCUUUCUUUUUGCUUUUAUCAUUUUCUCUUGAUAACUUCAUCUUGCUUUUCUCUUCUUUUUUCUCUUUUGGUUUUCUUUGCUUUCUUUCGUUAUAUUUUCUCUUCUUUCUUUCUUGGUUUUUUUUAUUUCUCUUCUUUCUCUCUUCUUUGUUUUCUCUUCUUUUCUUGGUUUCUUUCUUUUUUAUCUCUUCUUUUUUGAUAACGUUACACUCAUCUGUUCUCUCCUUAUCUUCCUUUGCAGCAUUUUUUUUUUCUCUGAUAAAGUCUUUCAUCUUCUGCAGUUCUUGGUUUCUUUUUGCUUUUAUCUUUUUUUUUCCUUUUUCUGACGUUUUUCUUCAUCUUUCUUUGUCAUUUCUCUUCUUGUUUUGCUUUCUCUUUUUUGUUUUUCUUUUUUUUUCCUUUCUUGAUCUUCUUCUUUCUUUACACUGUCAUCCUCUCUUCUUUCUUUAUUCUUUUUUUUUUUCUUUCUUGAUUUCUCUUCUUCUUUCUUCUUUUCUUUGCUUUAUCCCAUUUUCUCUUGAUAACUCUUCUCUUCUUUCUUUUCUUGGUUUCUCUUCUUUUUAUCUUUCUCUCUUUUUCAUCUUUCUUUAUCUUUUUCCCUUUUUUUAUUUCUUUGAUAAAGUUUUGUCAUCUUCUUUUUCUCUUCUUUUUCUUUAUCUUUUUUUCUUUCUUUCUUCUUUGACUUCCUUUCACUUUUUUCUCUUCUUUCUUUCUGACCUUCUCUUCUUUCUUUUUUUCCCUUGA